GGAUGAGUAACCGAUAGGGCCAAUCAUAUGCGCGCGGCACUUAAUCUGGUCCGCAAUCCACGGAAACUCGAAAAAAUGCGCCAAAGUGCCGUCUUUGCGUGGCUUGACUCCCUCGAAUUGUCUUUCGCCGUCAUCGACCGCGACCGGGACCUCGGUCGACAAGAUGGCAGCAUCCAUUGACGCGCUUCGCUUGUCAAGCUCAGCCAUGACAUCGUCGAGCAAGCGACCCCGGCGAGAGGAGGAGCAUGAUGCCACAAACGAGAAGAGGCUGGAGUCUCUGCACCUGAUCAGCAGUGAUCCUCCAGAACCGCCGCGACCCAGCCGCAUUCGCAGGGGAACAAACCAAGACCUUGGCUCCCUCUCUUUGCGUGCGGACUCCCCGUCUCGAGCUUCAUCAGGCCUGUCGCAAUCGCCCACGUCGAACCAUUCGUCCGUAUCUCACCAGCCAUCCGCCAAGAGGCAGCGCCGCAACGCUGGGCUGCAACAAACAGGCUUUAAGCCAGUCAGUUUCGAGCUAGAUUGCGACCUGCAACCCGAGUCUCUUCGAGCUCUAUGUCAACAACUCACAAAGAUUGGUGAUGGAUCCAAGAUCAUCCCUACCGAGAUGCGAGAGAUGUUGAUCGGCGUCAAUAUCCCAGAUGGGGCAUAUUUUGAUGCAGAUGAUGCGCAUGGCUUACCGCAAUGGCGAUAUCCUUCUCUCGAUCUCGCCCAAGAGAUUGCGACUCAUUAUCGAUACUGUACUUCGGCCCAGAUCCUACGUGAAUUCAAGCCCAGGAAUGCCCCUUCCAAAAACGUCGACUUCUGCGUCAUCAUCCGCCUAGAAGAAGACAGGCCGGCCUACGAGGCCAUCGAGGACCUCUGCCGCCUCGGGCGACCCGGACUGGCCAUUAACCACACCGAAUGGGGCAACUUUGACAAGGACCCGAUCGCCAUCUCCAUUGAGACGAAACGGCAUGCCGAAAACUGGGACAAUGCCAUCCUCCAGAUGGGCACCUGGCACUCUGCGCAGUGGCGGAGUCUGGUCUGGGGAGGGAGUCAACACCCGGUGCGCCACAUCGAAUUUCUGCCCGGCAUCAUCAUUCAGGGACAUAGCUGGCUUUUUAUUGCCACUAUCUUCAAGAAUAACAAGGCUAGGCUCUACCACUCUGUCGGCAUCGGUGAUACGAAGACCAAGUUUGGCAUUUACAAGCUCACCAUCUCCUUGCAGUGUUUACAACGAUGGGUUGAGGAGACAUACUGGCCUGCUUUCAAGGCGGACAUUCUGGAAAUUUGA